AUGAUAUAUAAGUCUCCUUUCGUUUUCCUCAGUUUCUUGUCAGCUUUCAAUGCUGCCAUUGGACCUCAGCAUGUUGUGAAGGCAUCACCACUCGAGGCUUCUUGUUCAGUUGCCCAACUUUCGAAAGCUCUUCCUGAGAAUGCUACUAUUCUCUCUGCAGAGUUCCUCCCGGCUGGCGGAUCAUACGGAGAAGGCGCCGCUAACCCUGCGUUCCCAUUGAUUCCGACCGACUUGCCAGAGACUUGUGUCGUCCUAGUAAACGUGACAACUUCGGAAACUUCGUCGUACAGAUUUGGACUGUUCCUCCCGACAACUACUUGGAACCAACGCUACCUGACUGUCGGCAAUGGAGGCUUCUCCGGCGGUAUCAACUGGAUCGACAUGGGAGCCGGCAUUCGCUAUGGUUUUAGUGUCGCCUCUACCGAUAUGGGUCACAACUCAUCGAUGCUAGACAUCACCUGGGCCCUGGGACAACCUGAAAAACAGCUCGACUUCGGCUUCCGCGCCACUCACGGCACCACUGUCCUUGCCAAGCAACUCACCGAGUCUUUUUACGCCUCGAAAAUUAAGUACUCCUACUAUUCUGGUUGUUCGACAGGCGGAAGGCAAGGACUCAAAGACGCUCAGCUUUACCCGGAGGAUUUUAACGGCCUCUUGGUUGGUGCUCCAGCGUGGUGGACCGCACACUUGCAAACCUGGACUGCCAAGGUUGGGACCUACAACCUUCCACAGGGAGCCGCAAACCACAUUGACGCAUCCUUGUACCCUCAAAUUGCCGCCGACGUGGUUGCGCAGUGUGAUUCCGCUGACGGUGUGGUUGACGGCAUUAUCAGCGCGCCCCAUCAAUGUCAUCUUGAGGCUGAUCGGCUGCUUUGCAACGACAAGAACACGACCACAUGUAUCACCCCUGAGCAGGCUCAAACCGUUCGUAACAUCCACUCGAACUAUACCAUCGAUGGUGAAUUCGCGUUUCCCGGCCUGGAAGUCGGCUCCGAAGGGGAGUGGUUCAAUUUGUUAUCUGGUCCAGAGCCUGCAUCGCUGGGUCUGCAGUACAUUCAGAACAUGCUCCUCGAGGAUCCAGACUGGCCUUGGCAAAACUACACCGACUCGCUUGUUGCCCUGGCAGAUGAGAAAGAUCCUGGAAACGUUACAGCCGACGACUUCGAUGGCAUGUCUCGUUACCUAACAACCGGAGGCAAGGUGUUGCUGUAUCACGGACUCGCUGACGGAUUGAUUCCGACCGGUAGUUCCACGCACUUCUACAACACAAUGACUCGCGUUUUGGCAGACGCUGGCGAGGUUCUGGCAGAUUCUCUGCGGUUGUUCCUUAUUCCCGGCCUUCAUCAUUGCUUUGGAACCUCUGUGAACGCUCCUUGGUACAUCGCCGGCCCUAAUCAGGCUGGCACCACUGGGACUUCCACUUUCUCAGUGCCCCAAUUCACCGACCCGAAGCAUGACGCCUUAAUGGCCCUCAUGAACUGGGUUGAGAAGGGCGUAUCCGUCGAGUCUCUCAUCGCUACUACCUGGAACAACUCCUCUGAGCCGCUUUCCGGGGUUUUGCGCCAACGACCGAUCUGCCCGUAUCCCCAGUCUGCUGUCCUCAAGGAUGCCGAGAACAUCAACAAAGCAGAGGCUUGGGUCUGUGAGUAA